UCAUCACCAUGCAAAUGCGGCCGAACCAACACGCGGAUCGUGGGCGGAGAGGAGACGGGCGUGCAUGAGUAUCCGUGGCAUGUGGGCCUCGCCAGGAGGGGGCAGACCUUCCCCUUCUGCGGCGCCUCCGUCAUCUCGUCUCGCCACGUGCUCACGGCGGCGCACUGCACCGAGCCGAUCACCAAAUACAGGUGGAAGGUUGAAGCUCUUAUCGGUUAUCAUCAGCUUACCUCAACCUCGUCCACUCUCGCUGCCCAAAGAAUACCCAUUGGCACGAUCCACCAGCACUCGGCCUACAACCCUAGCACUCUGGCCAACGACAUCGCCAUCAUUGAGCUUCCGUCUCGCCUGGAGUUGGAGGACCCUCGCGUAGGGCCCGUGUGCCUCCCUCGCCCUGGCCUCCUGUACGAGGACGCCGCGGCUUUCGUCACGGGAUGGGGCAGGGUCUCGGAAGGUGGUUCUCAGGCCGUGAAGUUGCAGGAAGUUGAAGUGCCGGUGAUAAGCAACGCAGAGUGUGAAGUUAGUUACCCCGGCGCCAUCUUCUCCACUUCCCUCUGUGCUGGGGUGGCCGAGGGGGGGAAAGACUCGUGUCAGGGCGACAGCGGAGGGCCCUUGGUAACAGCGGGGGGAGCCGGCCUGGAGCAAGUGGGCGUCGUCUCCUGGGGAACCGGCUGCGCACGGCCGGGGAGACCGGGCGUUUAUACAAGGGUGACUGAAUACCUCGACUGGAUCACUGCCACGAUGGGGAGCGAGGACCAGUGUGCCUGAGGCUGAAGGAGUCCCCGUUUGUUAAAAUAUGAUAAAUUAUUGUGAAAAUACACAGCAAAUAAAUUCUU